GUAUCGCACGUUCGAGUCGUGACUCUCAAAUAAUACGAGUAUUUUAUGUGAACUGUGUACUGAUUAUAUAUUUACCGCUGCAGGUAGUAAUUAUAACCUUGAAAUUAUCACCAUCAAUGUUUUUAAAACAUCCAACGAAUUAUUUUUUGCGGCAGUAUAAUUAUAAACAGUGAUUUGUGUUCUGUGAUAUUGUACACGUUUUAUAGAUAUACUUCUAGAACGAUGAAAGUUCUUUCUUUGGACAGAUAGUGGAAUUAACAGGAAGGAAAUAAAAAUGGCCGAGUCACAACCCUUGGGCAUCAGGCAGCUGAUCUGGCUAGACAGAGUAGUGGUCAAGCAGAAGACCAGGAUUGGUAACAACAAGUAUAAGAUCCUAGCUCCUGAUGGUAGAGUGAUACUGCAUGCGAAGGAGAACUCGAGUGCCUUGAACCAUAUAUUCGGAGGGAAGGAUCGUUCUUUCCACAUAGACAUGUUAGAUCAACAAAACCAAGAGGUGAUCUCUCUUCAGCGGCCAUUUACGUUCGGACCCGAUAAGAUGGAGGUCAAAAUGAAUGGUAGGCUGCUCUGUGUGAUCAGACAGAAGUCCACUUUCAUAACACCCGUACUCUACAUCAAUGAUCCUCACGACCGACCAGUGCUGAAGAUCAAGGGGCCAAUGUCCCGCACCGGUAUUUCUGAUUUUGGUAUUUUCGCUCAGGACAAGAGUCAGAUCGGUGUGAUUAGGAAGAUUUGGAGAGGAAUGUUACAGGAGAUGCUGAUUGACUCAGAUUCGUACGAGAUAAGUUUCCCUUUCGACCUGGACGUCGGCUAUAAGGCUGCUCUCAUUGGAGCCUGCAUCCUAAUUGACUUCCUUUACUACGACAAAUAAAAUGAAGAAUGAGUUGAUAGCAGUAAUUUGCAUUUAACCUCGCUUAGUGCUUAUGAUAAUCGUAUAAGAAUAAUGUGUUUGUUGUUGGCCUUUUUUUACUUGUGA